GUUUCUUCCCUGGGAAGCUGGCCAACAGACUUUGGUUUUAUUUAUGAUGUAGCCCACCUGAGAUAAUCUGUAACAGAUAUCAUUUUCUUUAGUCCCCUGAUAACCACACACAAAGAAUAAAUAAUACCCAGCUCUGUCCCUUGUUGAUUUUCUUUCUAUGACUUUUGAUCUAUGUUGGGAUUUAUAUCAAGCCCAAAUGAUCUCCUGAAUCCACAGUUUCACUGUCCUGGAAGAGAACAUUGAUUUGUUAUCUGGCUGUUGUCUUAAAAACUAGCUGAGACCUUAUGCAGAGUUCAUUUGAAUAGGUAGAGGCAUGGGAAACAAGAUAACACAAAUUGUGCCCUUGAAGAAGUUAGGAACAAAACUUCAGGGGCUUGUCAAUGUCAGCAGAAUUCUAUGGUAUGUCAUUUGUCCCACAACAAGGAGGGGUUAUGCUUGUUUCUCAUAUGACUGUGAUGGGAAUGGAGUUGGUGAUCUUCCCAGGGAUGUUCCACAAGGCCAUUUUGUAGUAUAUGUUGGGAAUGAAAGGAGCAGAUUUGUAGUCCCCACAGCUUACUUAAGCCAUCCUCUGUUCCAGACAUUGCUGAAGAAAGCUGAGGAAGAGUAUGGAUUUGAUCACCAGAUGGGUCUCACACUUCCCUGUGAGGAUAUUGCCUUUGAGUACAUAACUUCUGUCUUGGAAGGGGAGGAUCUCAAUGCCACAAAACAAGAUAGUGAGAUUCUUUGAUAACGCAACGUAGUUCUGACAAAACUGUUUUGUUCUUGGAACUUUAGACCUUAUUUAAUGAAAUGGUUCUUUGGUGUACAUUAACCGUUUUGUGUUUCCUAGUGACAGAUCUAUUGUUUCUUUGUGAUCCAACAAUGUCUAAUGCCAUCUUGCUGAGACACCUUUGAGACAU